AAAUGAAAGUAUUAGAACAUGUACGCCUGUCUUUACACAUGCUUUUACCUUGCAUUAUCUUGAUUCACUUAUCUUGUACCCACACCGCGAAUAUGUGUAGUCGCUUUGCGCAUUCCGUGGAAGUCGGUCGUGAAUCUCUGGAUUGUUAAUUUUUUUUGUGUAUUUUAAACGUGAAUGUUGUGGUAACGGUAAGACGGUUACCGGAACGCAUCAACCUUUAGAAACUAUCGCGGUGAUGUGCAAGUGGUAAAUUAAUUUGCUAGUAAAAUUAAUUUCUACCAACAAAUAAACAAGGUAUCUGAAAUGCCGCGUCUGGAGCAAUCACCACCGGAGGAUUUCCGUCGAGUGUUGCGCGAGAAAGCGCUAAACCACAGCCUGUUCUACUUGAAACUGGGCGCGGGGCUCGGUCCAGAACACGCGCGCGAGAUGCAGGCGCCGCCGAACGCGCCGCGGAAGGCAGACAGUGCGGUGGCGCGCGCGCCGCUGACCGGCCGCCUCGCUCGUCCAGCCCGAGUCACACAGCCGCGCGUCUCCGAGCUGUUGCGCCGCUUCGAACCCGCGCCGAUGCAGUACCUGCGCCCGCCGCGCGCACCCUCCCCGUCCGAAGACAUCUCCUCCUCUGAUGACGACGACCGUGCCGCCGUCAGGCGCCGCAGCCGCGACCUCAGCGACGACUCUGCCGUCGAGUUGGAGACCCGUUUGAGAAGGCAUUCCCACCCGAGAGAUAUAACGCCCCCUCCGGACACCAUGUCGCCCAGGAGGGAGAGGACUCUCAUCGAGGCUCACGUGGUAGAACUCGGCCGGCGGGGCAGCGAGGGCUGCGAGACCAGGGGUCGCACAGUUAGAACUCCCAGUGUGGUGGUGAGCGACUACUCGGACGGAGUGGCAGUGGGUGCGACGGAAGAGGAGGUGAAUUGGUUGCGGUCCAGGUCUUUAUCAGCGGACUCCGCGUGCUCCUCCUGCUCUACGCUCUCCAGCCGCGAGGAUGACGAGUUCGAUUCCCCGACGAUGCCAAAAAAGCAAUCGGAAAGAUGGCGUAAACUAAGAAACAUAGUUCAAUGGACGCCAUUCUUCCAAACAUACAAGAAGCAGAGGUAUCCUUGGAUUCAGCUCGCUGGUCACCAGGGGAACUUUAAGGCUGGCCCUGAUCAGGGGACGAUAUUGAAGAAGCUGAGUCAACAGGAGGAGAAGUGUUUUAAGUUGCUGAUGAAAGACAUCCUUCGACCAUUCGUACCUGAGUACAAAGGACAAGUCACGUGUGAAGAUGGAGAAUUGUACCUACAACUACAAGACCUGUUGAGUGACUUCGACAGUCCCUGCGUAAUGGACUGCAAGAUCGGAGUUAGAACGUAUCUGGAAGAGGAACUUGCCAAAGCCAAGGAGAAGACUAAGCUAAGAAAAGACAUGUACGAGAAAAUGAUUCAGAUAGAUCCCAAAGCGCCGACUGAAGAAGAACACAGGAGUAAGGGAGUGACGAAGCCCAGGUACAUGAUCUGGCGGGAGACAAUCAGUUCAACGGCGACUUUGGGCUUCAGGAUAGACGGAGUCAAGAAAGCAGAUGGAACCAGCUCCAAAGAUUUUAAGAUUACUAAAACCAGAGAACAAGUAGUUGAAGCCUUCAAAGACUUCACCAGUAAUUUCCCUAAUGCUGCGCCCAGAUACUUGGAAAGGCUACGGAAUAUCCGGGCGACGCUUAACGAAUCCCACUUCUUCCGAACGCACGAGCUCAUCGGCAGUUCACUGUUGUUCGUCCACGACAAACGAAGAGCCUCCAUCUGGAUGAUCGACUUCGCCAAGACUGUUCCCGUCCCUGACAAUGUCAAUAUCGACCACAAUUCCGCGUGGAAAGUCGGCAACCACGAAGACGGGUACCUUAUCGGGUUAGAUAAUUUGAUUUCCAUCUUCGAAACCCUCGUUAAAGACGAUAAUGGUAACAUAGAAGUAAAUAGAAUAGAAAGCGUACGACAUGAUAACUUUGACACCUGAAAUACCUGGUGUUGAGAGAUCACUCUCAUGAGACCUGAUUCGGUUAACAUUGAUGUGUCGGACGCUUUGAACUGCAGACUUGAGAAGAACCUAAGUUUAAGACGACGUACCUACCUAUAAUGUUAUUGUAAAUAAUCAUAGUAUUAUAAAAUACUUCGUAUUAUUGUUAAGGUUUAAAAUACUCAUAAUUAGUGUAGGUCUAAACCACCAAUAUUGUUAAUUUUUCUGCAAUUUUUGCUCUCGGUGAUUUUAAUGUGAAUUAAUGCAAACAAAUGCUUGUAAUUUUGUUGACACAUGCUUUUCUAAAAUGACGUAAGGUUUUGGAAUAUGUUUUUCUUUGUUAUUGACUUGACGAACCGUUUGUAAAUGGGUGAAAUUAUUAAUGUAUUUAUUCUGUUGUACAUACACUAUAUUAGUGUAAAGAUGAGACGAAUGCAGAAAGUACGAGUAUAUAAGACUAUAUAUACGUAUCUGGAGGUACUAAAUAAAAUUAAUUAUCACAUGAAUG